AGAAAGAAUUUAAGAAUGUAAAUAGAUAACAUGUUAAAGAGAUGACUGCAGGUUAGGACUCUGCCUAUAUUUUGCGAUCAAAUCCAUCUGCCGAGUUGCAGCGCGGAUGCAAAUACCCUUUUUGAAACACACGAUACAUGAACGUACAUCGACCUCGGCGAACUGGAUGUUUUCUCGGGGGUCCGCGCUCGGUGUAAACAAAAGCAGCAAGUGCGAGUGACCGAGCUAUUUUCAUUCCCAGCUGUUCCCGAGAAGUAAACCAUUAUCCCGAAGUAGCCAUGGCAGAUUCCGUUGCUCCAGCCAAGUCUCCAGCUAAGAAGAAGGCCACAAAGCCUAAAGUGCCUGCUGCACACCCCAAGUACAUAGACAUGAUCAGCGCCGCCGUUUCAGCCCUGAAGGAACGCGGGGGCUCAUCCAGACAGGCCAUUCUCAAGUACAUCAUGGCCAACUACAAAGUGGGCAACGAUGCUAAUUUCGUCAACGCUCACCUGAAAAUGGCCCUGAAGAAUGGUGUUAAGAAGGGUGCUCUCAAGCAGGCUAAGGGUACAGGCGCCAGUGGCUCCUUCAAGCUUGGAGAAAAACCCAAGACCGAGAAGAAGCCUAAAGCCAAAAAGGUUGCCAAACCCAAGGCAGCUAAACCUAAGAAGACCGCUGCUAAGCCCAAGACACCCGCCGGUGAGAAGAAGGCCAAGACUCCUAAGAAUAAGGCAGCAGCAGCAGCCAAGAAACCAGCCAGACCCAAGAAAGCCAAAUCUCCCAAGAAGAAAGCGACACCCAAGUCCCCAAAGAAGGCUGCAACCAAACCCAAGAAGGCCAAGACUCCUAAGAAAACAGCAGCCAAGAAAACCAAGACACCCAAGAAGGCAGCAGCAAAGAAAUAAGCAGUCUGAGCAUCCCUGUCAGUCUGCAUCCAAGCUUAUAAAAAAAAGCCCUUUUCAGGGCUACCAAAAUUUUCAGAAAAGAUACCUCAGUUACAGUCGUUAGAAAAUGUUUCAACGUGUACGCACAGUAAUCC